AGCGGACGGACCACUCGCUAGGCACAGCGCAUGCGCCAAGGCAAACAUGGUUACGAAAAUGAUUGUUACAUGACGGGGUUAGAAAUGAAAGAGCUAGAAUAGAUACACUGCAGAAGCAGCACAAACACAGCUGAACAAUGGCAGGAGAAGAAGAGGAGCCCAAGAGCAAGGGUUUUAGGUUGCUCGGGAUUCUGGAUGUCCAGAAUACUCCGUGUUCCAGAGACGCCAUCCUACAUGGAGCUGGGGGCUCAGUAACUGCUGGCCUGCUGCACUUUCUGGCUACUAGUCGGGUAAGGAGGUCUUUUGAUGUGGGAUUUGCAGGUUUUAUGCUUACCACACUCGGAUCCUGGUUGUACUGCAGGAUGAACAACGCUAAGCUUCGUGUUCAGCAGAGGAUGAUCCAGGACGGCAUCAAGAACCAGAUCGUGUAUGAAGGGACAUCUCGAGACCCCGCAAACAAACCUGAAGCAGGAACCCCGUCAGGGCCCUCAUGACCUCCAGCACCGGAAUCCCCCCCCCCCCCAGACUUCUGUAAGGGCUGGGAGGAGAGAAGAGGAGAGUGAGGGUCCUACAAAGACUCAAUAUCCUGUUUUUUCCAUCGGCUGCACAAACAAUGGAAGGAAUUUAAAGUUCAGCAUUUUAUGGGUGCUGUUUUGUUUUUGUUUGUUAGUGUGACAUCUUAAGAUACAGCUGUUCUAGGGUGCAUCCUACAAAUCUUUAAAUGAAACAUUGACCAAGUUAAAUUCUCACUCCCUAAAACAAAUGUUAUGCUAUUUCAAUGACUCCUUCUGCACACCAAGCCCCCACAGGCGUUGGCAUGCAGUAAAAGGUCCUAACUGAAGUGAAACCGGGGACAUUGGGGUUAUCUGGUAAGCGUAGGCCACCAAGACGCCCAGUUUUCCAUUUUCUGUCAGUCGCUGUGACAUCACUGAUCGGGGUGUGGCCUAAUGUGUAACAUUAGUUUUAACCUACAAAGGACAGAGCAGCAGCUGUAGAUUUCUGUCACUGAGAGUUAAAUCAACCUUUCAAUUCACCUCAACCCCUGAUUGUUUUGUCAUUUAGUAUUUAAAAGUUGAAUGUGUGGGAAAUAAAUUGUGUACUGAUGUAA